UGUGUGUGUGUGUGUGUGUGCGUAUUAAAAGUGAAAACGCAGGUGUGUUUGAGGUUCAGUCACUAAGCUUGUUGUGUCUCGUGCCGUGCGCGUUCACGACACAUACACAACUCUGUUCCCUGGAAACGACUUCAGUUCUCGGGGGUUUACCGACUCAAAAAAAGAAGGAUUUUUUUGCCCUAAAACUCCACAGAACGACCACCGACCGGCGUGAGUCUUCAACGAGCAGGGGAUGGUUUAAUGAGUUAAUUUUGUGUAAUUGUUUCCGGUCGGAGUUUAAGUUAACUUUACCCAGACUAAGUUAGCGCGAGCGGCUGAGUUUAGCUAGCGGGCUAACCAACUAGCCGAGCUCACAAGAAGCGAGCUGCAGUCCGCUUCUCCCCCUCCUCUCUGUCUGUGGUGGCAAAGAAAUAAUCUGGGACCAUGGAGGGGCCAGGCAGCUCCGGAGAGCCCGGCACGCGGAGGAAGCCCCUCGAGCCGUAGGAACCGGGAGGAAAUGUUCACCGGGAGAUGAUACAUUGGAGUGAAACCUGAAGCUUUGCACCCUGAGUGUGUGUUUGUGUGUGUGUGUUUGUGUGAGAGAGUGUGCGCCUUAUGGCGGAGUUAGGGGAGGACGAAAGGCUGCCUCCCUUCAAUCAUUUCGGGGGUUCGGCCGAGCCCAGCGACGAGGCUGCGGGCAAGACGCACUGCGAGGUGGUGUCGGUUCUGAACGGGGACUGUGGGACUCCGGAGGACAUCAUGGUCGGCUCGGGAUCCCUCGGCACACCUGGCGGCCGAGCCGGAGUGGAAAACGCCUCGGUCGGACCGGAUGCCAAAUCCGAAAUACCCCGCAGGAGCAGCAUCAUCAAGGAUGGGCGACAGCGUAAAGAAAGAAAGAAGACCGUGUCAUUCAGCAGCAUGCCCACGGAGAAGAAGAUCAGCCGUGCCAGCGACUGCAUCAGCGCAAUGGUUGAUGGCACUGAGCUGAAAAAAGUGCGAUCCAACUCCCGUGUUUAUCACCGGUACUUUCUCCUCGAUGCUGACAUGCAGUCUUUAAGGUGGGAGCCAACAAAGAAGGAAUCUGAAAAGGCAAAAAUUGACGUGAAGUCCAUCAAAGAAGUUCGGACGGGCAAAAAUACAGACACUUUUAGAACUAACGGCACCUAUGAUCAGAUAUCUGAGGACUGUGCUUUUUCAGUCAUCUUUGGAGAGAAUUAUGAAUCCCUGGACUUGGUGGCAAACACAGCAGAUGUAGCCAACAUUUGGGUAACAGGACUGAGGUACCUGAUCUCCUACGGUAAACACACCUUAAACAUGAUCGAGAGCAGUCAGAACAACUUGCGCUCGUCUUGGCUAAGUGACUUCUUUGAUGAGGAAGAUGAGAACAACAGCAAACAAAUAGCAAUAUGUGCUGCUGUGCAGCUUAUUAAGAAGCUAAACUCUGGACUUAAAAACAUGAAAAUAGAACUAAAGUUCAAAGAGCUUCACAAAGCUAAGGACAAAAUCUGUUCCGAUGUGACAAAAGAGGAGUUUAUUGAAGUUUUUCAUGAUCUUUGCACCAGACCAGAAAUUUAUUUUCUCUUUGUUCAGUUCUCCAGUAACAAAGAAUUUCUUGAUAGCAAGGACUUGAUGAUAUUUCUGGAGGCCGAGCAAGGAAUGGCACAAGUGAGUGAAAACACCAGCUUAGACAUCAUUCAGAAGUAUGAGCCGUCCAAAGAGGGGCAGCUCAAGGGUUGGCUUUCCCUCGACGGGUUCUCCAACUAUCUCAUGUCUCCAGAGUGCCACAUAUUUGACCCUGAGCAAAAAUCAGUUUGUCAAGACAUGAACCAGCCUGUGACUCACUACUACAUCAACGCAUCCCACAACACAUACCUGAUAGAGGAUCAGUUUCGAGGUCCGUCUGAUGUGACGGGCUACAUUCGUGCCCUUAAGAUGGGUUGUCGUUGUGUAGAGUUGGACGUCUGGGACGGACCUGAUAAUGAACCUGUUAUUUAUACCGGCCAUACAAUGACCUCGCAGAUCGUCUUUAGAAGUGUCAUUGACGUCAUCAACAAGUAUGCCUUUGUUGCUUCAGAGUUUCCACUGAUACUGUGUUUAGAAAACCAUUGCUCCUUAAAGCAGCAGAAAGUCAUGUUUCAGCACCUGAAGAAGAUCCUUGGAGACAAGAUCCACGUGGAUCCCCCCAAACCAGAGGACUGUUACCUCCCUUCCCCCUCUGAGCUGAAGGGAAAGAUCCUCCUGAAGGGGAAGAAAUUGGACACAACCUGCACCUCCUCAGAAGGCGAGGUGACUGAUGAGGACGAGGGGGCCGAGAUGUCCCAAAGGAUGAGCAUUGAUUCUACAGAACAACAGACCACCAUGCACAAAAAAUUCCAGCUGCUUAAGGACCUUUCUGAUCUGGUGACGUUAUGCAAGUCUGUGGAGUUCAAAGACUUUCCAACAUCCUUCCAGAACCAGAAGCCCUGGGAGCUCUGCUCGUUCAACGAGGUGUUUGCCACUCGCUGUGCCUGUGACUUCCCCGGUGACUUUGUUAACUACAACAAGAAGUUCCUUGCAAGGGUUUAUCCAAGUCCAAUGCGGAUUGACUCCAGCAACAUGAAUCCACAAGAUUUCUGGAAGUGCGGCUGCCAGAUUGUAGCAAUGAACUACCAGACUCCCGGCCUGAUGAUGGACUUAAACAUCGGUUGGUUCCGUCAGAAUGGCAACUGUGGCUAUGUGCUUCGUCCAGCCAUCAUGAGGGAGCAGGUCUCUUAUUUCAGUGCCAACACAAAAGAUUCAGUGCCUGGUGUUUCUCCUCAGCUACUGCACAUCAAAAUAAUUAGUGGGCAAAAUUUCCCCAAACCCAAAGGCUCAGGUGCCAAAGGAGACGUGCUGGACCCCUACGUGUACGUGGAAAUACACGGUAUUCCUGCCGACUGCGCCGAACAGAGGACUAAAACGGUCCACCAAAACGGGGACAACCCUCUGUUUGACGAGAGCUUUGAGUUUCAGAUCAACCUCCCCGAGCUCGCCAUGGUGCGCUUUGUGGUACUCGAUGACGACUACAUCGGCGACGAAUUUAUUGGCCAGUACACGAUCCCCUUCGAGUGUCUGCAGCCUGGUUUCCGCCACGUGCCUCUGCAGUCCCUGACAGGAGAAGUUCUGCCACAUACUUUGUUGUUUGUCCAUGUAGCCAUAACCAACCGAAGAGGAGGUGGAAAACCACACAAACGGGGACUGUCAGUACGAAAAGGCAAAAAGAGCAGAGAGUACGCCAGUAUGAGACUUCUACAGAUUAAGACUGUUGAUGACGUAUUUAAAACAGCCCUGCUGCCGCUGAGGGAAGCAACUGACCUCAGAGAAAACAUGCAGAAUGCCAUAGUGUCCUUUAAAGAGCUCUGCGGCCUUUCAGCGGUGGCGAACCUGAAGCAGUGCAUCUUGGCUCUUUCCCCGCGGCUGACAGGACCUGACAACAGCCCCCUGCUGGUGUUUAACCUCAAUGACCAGUACCCCAACCUGGAGCCCCAGGGCCCGCUGCCGGAGGUCCUGAAGAAGGUCAUCAGCACCUAUGAGAUGGUGAUCCAGACCAGCAAGACCCUGCUGGAGAGCUCUGAGGGCGUGUAUGAGAGGAUUCAACAAACUCAGAGAGCAGGGUCAGGAGGACCUGCUGAAACAUGCACGACUCGAGGUCCAGGAGAACCUGAAGCAGAUCCACUACGCUGCGCUCACCUGUAACCUGAGUAAAGGAGGAGCGGGGGGCGGCUCCUCCGGUUCCUCCGAGUCCAGGAGCCGACGCAGCCUGGAGGCCAUCCCUGAGAAGGCCACGGCAGAGGAGGAGCUGACAGACGAGGAGAACUGAGGAGUUCUGCUCCUCCUUCCUGACCCUGAAGCACAGAAUCCUCUCAGAGACUCUGAGCUCAAAGUGUCAACGCUUCAAAAUAAAACUCUGUGUGUCCUCUCUAAGCCUGCAGAGACCAGUGAAGUCCCCUCAGAGACCAGUGAAGUCCCCUCAGAGACCAGUGAAGUCCCCUCAGAGACCAGUGAAGUCCCCUCAGAG